UAUAUAUGUAUAUAUAUGGGGGAAGUAGAGCAACAAGUACGGUUCCAGCAGCAGGUAGAAACGGAGUUUCAGCAUUUGUCACUGAAGAAAAGGAAGCGCUGUUUGUCGAAGCAGCAAUCGAUUUUGGAGGCGCCGCGAGACAUUGCGUGGGAGAGAAAGAGGACGACGAGGACUAGGAGGAACAGUUUUCGCAAUUGUGAUGAUGUCACGGACGAUGAUCUUCACGAGCUUAAAGGGUGCAUAGAGUUAGGGUUCGGAUUCAACGAGGAAAACGGGCAGAAACUGUGCAACACCUUGCCGGCUCUCGACCUCUAUUUCGCCGUCAAUCGCCAGUUGUCACCGGUCUCCACCCCUCAUAGCCGCCCUUCUUCUUCCUUUGGGAGCCCCGUCAGUAGUGCACCGCCGCCUGAUUCUGAUUCUUGGAAGAUUUGUAGUCCAGGGGACGACCCUGAACAUGUAAAGACCAAGUUGAGACACUGGGCUCAGGCUGUAGCUUGUUCGUUAAUGCAGUCUCAUUGAAGUGUGGGAUGUAUAUUCUAGAUAUGCACAGAGAACGAGGAGGAGGAAAACAAAAUACGGAAGCAGAAAACUAAGGACUACAUUACUCCUAUGGCUCCCGAUGCUUCCGACGCACUUGCAGUAAGGCAGAAAGUUCAAUUAUUUCUGAACGCGGCUCGUACUGGUUCAAUUGAUCUCUUGAAGAAAUUGGCGUUGCAGCUGGACGAGGGCAAGGAUUUGGCGAAAUCGGUGGAAGCAAUAAAGGACGCCAACAAGAGAGGAGCACUGCAUUUUGCCGCGCGAGAAGGCCAAACCUCUGUUUGCGAGUACCUCUUAACCGAUUUGAAGCUCUCUGUCGAUUCUCAAGAUGAUGAUGGCGAGACUGCACUCAUUCAUGCUGCUCGUCAGGGACAUACCGCCACCGCUAAAUAUCUGAUUGACCACGGUGCUGAUCCUACUGUGGCUAGCAAUUUAGGGGCCACGGCAUUACACCAUUCUGCGGGGAUAGGAGAUGCUGAGCUGCUCAAGUACUUGCUGUCCAGGGGAGUUAAUCCUGAUCUAGAAAGUGAUGCGGGAACACCUUUGGUUUGGGCUGCUGGUCAUGCCCAACCAGCUGCUGUCAGUGUACUGUUGGAACAUGGUGCAAAUCCGAAUGCCGAAACUGAUGAUGGUAUUACCCCACUCCUUUCAGCUGUGGCAGCCGGUUCUCUAGCAUGCUUAGAGCUGUUAAUUCAGGCAGGUGCUAAAGCAAAUAUAAGUGCUGGUGGAGCAACUCCUUUGCACAUCGCAGCUGAUAAUGGAAGUCUUGAACUAUUAAAUUGUUUAUUGAAAGUGGGAGCUGAUCCUGAUGUCUCUGACGAGGAUGGUGUCAAGCCAAUACAAGUUGCUGCUGCAAGGGGCUAUCCAAAAGCUGUUGAGAUAUUGUUCCCCUUGACGUCCAAAGUAGAUACUAUUCCUACUUGGACUGUUGAUGGGAUACUUGAGUAUAUGCAAUCUGAAACUAGAAAGCAACAGGAUGAAUCGAUAAAUGCAAAAGAAACUAAUCAGCCCAAGGAAGCUGAUUUUCCGGAGCAAAAUGUCCCUGAGGUGGCACCUGAAGCAAAAAAGAGAGCAGCAGAAGCAAAGUCAAGAGGGGAUGGGGCUUUUAAAAGGAAUGACCAUCAUAUGGCUAUAGAUUUUUAUACCCAAGCAAUUGAUCUGAACCCCAUUGAUGCUACUUUGCUAUCCAAUAGAAGUCUCUGUUGGAUUAAGUUGGGCCAAGCUGAGCAUGCUUUAGCUGAUGCAAAGGCCUGUAGAGCUUUAAGACCAGAUUGGCCAAAAGCUUGUUAUAGGGAAGGAGCGGCUCUGCGUUUGUUGCAGAAAUUUGAUGAAGCUGCAAAUGCUUUUUAUGAGGGAGUAACGCUUGAUCCUGAAAAUAAGGAGCUUGUAAAUGCGUUCAGGGAAGCUGUCGAGGCUGGGAGGAAAUUUCAUGGAACGGCUGAAAAUAAAUCAUAGUUUAGCCUUUUGUUAAUACCAUGUUUCAGAGAGAAGAGAUCAAAAUAUUGCGGGUGGUGCAGCCUUAUUCACUUGAUCCUUUUUUCCCCAAUGUGUGUGUGCGUGUUUUCUUUAACUAGUUACUGUCGUAUAGGAAGAGUCAGCUAGUAAUCUGUUUCAUUAAAUUGUUUUAGUAAUUAUAAAGGUUAUGCUUAUUUGACAUGUUCCAAAAUUGUUGCAGAAUUAGUACACAUUAUGAAAAUGGCAAUGCAGGUUCAUGGGUAUUUCUCCCAUACUGUUGUAGGAUUCAUUUGUUUAAAGUUCAGAAUUUUUUUUAUAGAAUUAAUUCUGAAUUGUCAACA